ACCAAAGUCUUCCAAGUCAAGGGAUAUCCAUUAUUAUUUUUUUGGUUCAAGUCCAUUAUUGUCUUCUCUUGAACCGUUCUUCUCUCUGUGCUAUUACUGUAACAAUCUCUUCCACAUCGCAUCUCAUUACACCAUUCUCUGUUCCCAGUAAAUUAUUUCUUAAAACCAUAUACUCUUCUCUUGCCUGUGCUUUCUGCUCUUUUCUUUCUGAAUACUGCUUGAGCAAAGCAGCUCUUGGAGGGCAUCUUGAAUCCAGAUUACUUAAGCAAAGCAGUAACUAUAAGGAACUUGAAGAACCGCUUUUAAUUUAUCUCCCAGUUCUUUCAUGUUUGCUUAGGCAAACCCGUGACUAUAUAUCACUUGGAGAACCUCUUUUUGCAGGCAGACACAUCCAGAAAGAAAAACGCAAUCAAUCCAAAGAUGAAGAAAACGAUUCAUCCUCGCGAAAGAGAAGAAAAGCUGGCCUCAGCAAGCCUGUCAGUUUUGUCUCCACAGAGCCACUGAUCAAAAUGAUGCCACCGAAUGAUGAAGUUCGGGAUUACUUUUGGAGAUAUGUUGAAAGGGUGGCUGAAGGUAAAAGGAAGUGUACGUUUUGUGGGAAAUUAUUUGCCGAAGGUACUAGCAUUACGAGGAUCAAAUGGCAUUUAUCAAGAGUGGAAGGGCAUGGUGUUACAACUUGUAAACUUGUUACUCCAGAAGUUCAAGAUGCAGCCCGUGAAGCAGUUGAUGGCUUAAGCAAUAACGAGGUCGCUAAUGCAAUUUCAGAUUCUUCACAAGAACAGAACAAUGUAAUCAGUAAUCAAGCUGAUGAGCCUCGGGGAGAUUCAUCCCAACCAAUUGAUGCAAUUAUGAACUAUGCGCAGAACAUAGUUGGAGUGAGGACAGAACCAGCGGUUCAAUUGUUGGUACAAAGCAAUGCGGAGGCUGACAAUUUGGCAAGGGAUGAUGGAAGAGUACAGGUGAGAGUUCAAGACAUGGAACAAGGUGUGGAGGAAGAGAUAAUUUCUUCGCAUCUAGAAGCGGCAAAUGGAAUUGAAAACACCGGUGAAGGAUCUAUCCAGCAUGUUGACAGAAAUGCACAAGAGAAUACUGGAGAAGCAACACAAGAUCUAGUGCAUCACAUAGAUGGUAGAUCAUGGUCUGAGAUACAGGCAAUCUCUAGUUAUCUAUUCCAGAACACAAGUGAGACUAGAGGAGAUCUAUUACCCACUAGCUCUACAAUGCCAGUGGGUCAAGAAUUUAAAGUCAUUAAGGAAAGCAUAUGUUCUUCGUUAAUGGAUGAUGAAUUCUCCGUCAUUGGCAUUUAUGGGAUGGCGGGAGUUGGUAAAACAGAAUUGCUGAAACAUGUCCACAAUGAGCUUCUACAAAGAUCAGACAUUCCUCAUUGUCUUUACUGGGUGACCGUGAAUCAUGAUUCCAGCAUUAAUAGAUUGCAGAAGCUUAUUGCUGCACAUAUUGGUUUAGAUCUUUCAAGUGAAGAUGAUGAUGUGUGUACAGCUGCUAAAUUGUCAAAAAAACUAAUUCAGAAAAAAACGUGGAUUCUCAUUUUAGAUAAUCUGUGCGACAUUUUUGAGCCAGAGACAGUGGGAAUUCCUGUCUCACUUCAAGGAUGCAAGCUGAUUGUUUCAUCUCAAUCAAAAGAGGUUUGUGAAGGGAUGACUAGCAGAAACAUCCGAGUGAAUCCUCUUUCUAAUGGAGAAGCUUGGGAUUUGUUGAAGCAGCAACGUCGACAAGGCAUCCCGUUUUCUCCUCCAGAUGCGGAACAAAUUGCGAGAGAUACCACCAAUGAGUGUGAUGGUUUGCCGCUAGGAGUUAUAUCACUGGCUAGAUCCACGAGGGGUUUCCGUUACAAACGCCAAUGGAGGAAUACUUUACAGAACCUGAGACAUUCAAGAGAUGGGCUAGAUCACAUGGAAAAGGCAUUGCAGACAUUGAGAGAAAGCUAUACCCACCUACUAAGGUUUGAUAGGCAACAAUGUUUCUUGUAUUGUGCAUUAUUUCCUGGAGGCUUCAAGAUCCCUAAAGAGGAUUUGAUAGCUUAUUUGAUUGAUGAGGGAGUGAUAGAAAAGCGGGAGAGUAGGGAGGAUGAAUUUGACGAAGGCCAUUCACUGCUUGAUAGACUUGAAGAUUUCUGCUUAUUGGAAAGUGUUGAUGGUGGUUGUGCUGUCAAGAUGCCUAGCUUGCUCAGGAUAAUGGCCAUCAGAAUACUUCAGAAGGACUAUCAAGCCAUGGUUAGAGCAGGUGUACAAUUAGAAGAAGUGAUGGAUGCAAAAGAUUGGAAGGAGAAUCUUGCGAGAGUUUCACUAAUAGAAAACCAAAUUAAAGAAAUUCCUUCCGGACAUUCACCAAGGUGUCCCAGGCUGUCAACUCUAUUGCUACACUAUAAUAUAGAGUUGAGAUUGAUUGGAGAUGCAUUUUUCGAGCAAUUGCAUGAGCUCAAGAUCCUCGAUCUGUCUUAUACAGAUAUUUUAAUAAUGCCUGAUGCUGUCUCUAAUUUGGUGAGGCUCACUGCAUUGUUGCUUAUUGGUUGUAAUAAGUUAAGACAUGUACCAUCGUUAGAAAAGCUCAGGGAAAUGAGGAGGUUGGAUCUUUAUCGCACUGCACUUGAAAAUAUUCCUCAAGGUUUGGAAUGUCUAUCCGAACUGAGGUAUCUUAGAAUGAAUAACUGUGGUGAAAAGGAAUUUCCUAGUGGGAUAUUACCUAAUCUAUCUCGCUUGCAAGUCUUUAUACUUGGAUGGGGACAAUAUGCUCCGAUGACAGUUAAAGGAGAGGAAGUAGGAUGCUUGAAGAAGUUGGAAGCUUUGGAAUGCCAUUUGAAAGGUCACUCUGACUUCGUGAAGUUUUUCAAAUCUCAGGAUAAGACCCAAUCACUCAAAACUUACAAAAUUUUUGUAGGACAGUUUGAGGAGAAUGAUGGUUACAAUGUAAAAACGUGUUGCAGAAAAUCAGCAGGGGGGUUCGGUAAUUUGAGUGUAAACAAAGAUGGAGAUUUUCAGAUCACUUUCCCAAAUGAUAAUCAGGAACUAAUCGUUCGGGAGUGCAGUAGCAUGGAGAGCUUGGUUUCAUCUUCUUGGUUCUGCUCUUCUCCACUACCACAGCCAUCUCCAUCUUAUAAUGGUAUAUUUUCUGGUCUUAAAGAGUUCUAUUGUUUUGGAUGUACAAGUAUGAAGAAAUUGUUCCCUCUUGUCUUCCUGGAAAACCUAGAAGUGAUUGAAGUUAGUAAUUGUGAGAAAAUGGAGGAGAUUAUAGAAACAAGAUCAAAUGAUGAGGGGCUGAAGGGUGAAGAAAGCAGCGGCAGCAGAAUUCUGAAACUCGAACUUCUGAAGUUAAAAAUUCUGAAAUUGAUUGAAUUACCAAAAUUGAAAAGCAUUUGUAAUGCCAAACUGAUUUGCCAUUCUCUCAAAGUAAUUCACAUAAGAAAUUGCCAGGAGCUAAAGAGGAUGCCAAUUUGUCUUCCGUUGUAUGAAAGUGACCAGCCAUCUACUCGUCUUUCUCUUCAUGAAAUCAUAGCAUACCCAAAAGAAUGGUGGGAUUCAGUAUUGGAGUGGGAGCAUCCUUACGCUAAGAAUGUCCUUGGUCUCUUUGUAAAGUUUCAGUAGGAGACGACUGCUUUUAAUGAAUUACGCCGAUGGUGAAGAAAGACCUCUUAUUUAAUAAGGAUCGGAAGAAAGCAUAUUAUGAAUAAGUCUUGUGUUGUUUCAGUUCUGCCCUCUGUUCUGCUUCUAGUGAUAGAGAGGCUGCUUUGUUGAUCAUGACUAUCAUGGGGGUUUCUGAGGCUUGUCAUUCACCUGCUCUCAUGCAUAGAGAUCUUAAGCCUUACAGCUUAUUGUUUCAUAGUGUACGUUGAGGAGGAUGCUCCUCUUAAGGCCACAGAUUUUGAACUCUCUGUAAUAUUCUACAACCAUGUAUGGUACCUUUAAUGCUUGUUUUGGAAUUUUUAUUUUCAUCUUGGAUUCCAUGUGUUCA